GCACAACCGUUUGAAGGGCGGUCCUGAGCAGAAAAAGGAAAGUAUGGAUCUCAGAGCGGCGGAGGUAGUUAUUCCCGAAAAAUAUGCAGCGGAGGCGUUUUGGGGGAUAAAAGUUAAUGAACAUAUAUGUUUUGUUGCUCAGUAAGUAAGCGGGAAUUUAUUUUACACUCUGUAUCUUCAGCUUUGUGUUUACAUGCAGUUAGGCAACCCGUGUAGUGUGUUUUUGACUGAUUAGCUGGGGACUAUCAAUACCUUCAUGGCUUUGAUCGCGACUGACCAGAGCUGCAAGCUGAACGGGACUUCAGUGAUUUACAGCAGAGCUGGGUCGAGGAAAGAGGUGUUUCGGGGACCCGCAGACGGCUUUAAAACUGCCAAAAUGCAGCCCAAAGAAAGUGAGUAUUCAACAGAUGGUUUGCCCAAAGCCUUCCUGCACAGCCUGAGGACCCUCUUUGACAUUUUGGAUGACGGUGGCCGGGGCUACGUCCAUAUCUCAGAGAUCGAGAGUCGCUGGCAGGGCGCAGACACUCGGGACCUGCCAGGCGGAGUGCUGGGCUGUCUCAGGAGGGUCACACCACCGCAUGGCUGCCUCACUUUUGAGCGCUUUGUUGCCGGUCUCCGGUACUCCAUGCUCAACCCGGAGAACAGCUCCAACUUCAAGGCCCAGGCGGCCGUGCACCCGCAGCAGGCUUCGAAGCAGCACCACAAACUCGCACCACUGUCCAAAUGCAAUGUCGGGACUCGGGUUGAGAACAAGGUCCGCCCGCUGGGGCCGAGUAACGUAACGAACACCCAACAGCACCGGGCACCCCCUCAGCAGGACCGGGCCAGGCCGGAGGAAGGGUCCGGGUACCCGGCGUGUGGACCGGCGCGGUACAGCGCGGGCCUCGAGAGACCCGGGCGGAGUUUGGAGAGGAUUCCCGUCGCUCCAGAGGGUGGGUGUUACCGCACCGACACGAGCCAUGUUACCAACCUGGCACAGCACCAGCAGAGCAGGGGCAGGUCCAUUGAGUCGCUGGCACUGGAGUCUCCACAGCUCCAGAGACCAAGUGUUGUGAAAUCCGGUUUGCCGAGAUCUCAGAGUGAAUCAGCUACAGGAUUUACCGGUGGCUCAAGGCGACACGGGCGGAGCCGGGAAGAGCAGAGGAGGCAUACCAUUUCCAAUGGAGUGGAUUACGGAAUGUUGAAGCAAAUGAAAGAGCUGGAGCAGGAGAAGGAUUCCCUGCUGGCGGGCCUGGAAGUGGUGGAACGGGCCCGAGAAUGGUACCAGGGCCAAAUCCACAAUGUCACAGAGAGACAGCGGCACAUCGGCCAAAGCUCACACUGCGCGGAUUUUUUCACAGAAGCCAAUCAGAGUCGCAUGAAUGUUCUCAUUCCCAAAUUACAAGAAGCCAACCGCUGCCUUAAUGAGCUUAUUGGAAUGCAGCCAUUUCCUUCCAGCGGCGCUCAGACAGCAGCUCUCUCAGCUAACGCCCAGCCUCCUGCUCCAGCUCCUCCACAAGCCAUCCAGAGACUGAAGGACCAGAACCACCUCCUCACUCAGGAGGUGACGGAGAAAAGCGAGCGGAUCACCCAGCUGGAGCAGGAGAAGUCGUCUUUGAUAAAGCAGCUUUUUGAGGCCCGAGCCCGCAGUGCACAAGACACAAGCACCUUGGAUUCCACCUUUAUCUGAAAAAAAAGAAACUCCACCCAACACCAAACGUCAGCUAGGAGACAUCAUGAUGAUGUCAUAUCAGCACGGCGGUAAUCUGAAACUGACUCCUGUUUACCCAGCUGCCCGUUUGGGACAGUGACGCACCUUUAGCCAUAAAUGCGAGCACUCCAACCCAAAUCAAACCACGCACUGCUGCUAGAUGCGAGCACUCCUGAUCCUAACACUGAUCCUGUCUAAAUCCUUUUUCCUUUUUUUUUUUUCUUUUUUUCUCGUUGUACGAGUACUGCAAUAACACUCCUGUUAGGGUUAGAAGAAAAAGAAGACUGGAACUUGAGGCUCAUGGUCCCAUCACUCCAUUUCUUGCAGGAUUAGAGGAUCUCCACUGCACAACAAACAAAUAACACGAACGUUUACAUUCACCGGGAGUCCAACUUCUUAAGUUCUUAAGUAGCGGUUUGAGAAGCUAUUGGACAGUGGAAGUGGCGGGGAGGGGACAUUUCUCUUGGAAUAAAACGCCAUACUCUUAAAAAGGAAAACAAAUCAUUAGCUGGAUACGCUUGCUGUGACCUAAAUACAUUUUUUUAAGUUUGGUACUUUUAUUUCAAUCUGUAUAAGAGACACUUUGUCACCGACUUUCAGUAUUUCUCCCCUUUGAUGUAAAUUAAUCCUCAAUAGCACGUUUCCCUGGUUUCACAGUGUUUGAUUUCAAACACUGACAGAGAUGAAUUACUGAAAGAGCAGUUUGUAUUUCAUAGUAGCAUGUUAAAUGUUCCUCAGUUUUUGAAUGUUAUUAUCUUUUUUUAAAGACUGGAGAAAAAAAAUGGAAGGAUAGCCUACUAUCCAAUGAGAUGCAGAGGCAGAGGUGGAUUAGGGAAAUUUGGAAGUUUGCAUGUGGAAGAAAGCUGCGGAGCAUGAACGUAGUAGAUGGUGAAUGUUUUGGGUGAGCUGCUGCCGGAAAUAAAAAAAAAAAACAUAGUACAAAUAAACAAAAUAAGCACUGAUGACUCCGAUACAAUGGAGUGUUCUGUUGGGAAAUAUUAUUCCCUAGAAUUCGCGCUGAUGAUGUUUUGACUCAUAACAUUCGCCUAAACCCUGCUGAAGGUCAGACUGAUAGCAACAGCCUGCCACUCUGCAAACACCGUUGAAGAUGCUCAAGGAGCAUGGCAGACAUCUGACUUCCAGCCUCGCUGAUGCAGAACAAGCUUGAUCCACAGAGGCCCAAACGAUCUGGUGCCAGACACCACAGGACACCCCUGGAGGACCUGCCUCCAUGACCUGAAGGAAUCUCUGAAGAGAUUUCACUUUGAAUCUUAGAAAUUAAAACGCUAGCACAGAUGUGAAAACCCUGUUUUGUCCUUGCAUGUUUCCCCUUUUACCAGCAGUCUGCAAGUUUACAGGAGUACUGUUUAGUUUGUGGGUGGAAAUAGAAAUAAAUAAACACAUUAUGGUUCAGUAGCAACUGCAUGGUACUGCUGGGAAGUCUGCGUAUAACACAGUUUCUGUCCCGUGUGGGUGUCCGGCCCCCACUUGUUUGAUUGUAUGUUUCUUGCUGCUCAAACUAUAUGAUGUGUGAAACUCUUUUUUCCUUCUGCUUUCUAUUGAGAGGACUCAGACUUCAGGUUAAAUGUCAGAAAUAAACAUGACAGCGAUGACA